AUGGCUUUAAACAAAAGGCUAUAUUCCGAAAUAAUAAAUGUGUUGCACCCAGAAGACAAAGGAUCUAUUACCAAGUAUCUGCACAAGUUUUCAUUCUUUCUUUUCAAAGAAGUAAGGGAAUUAAUAAAGGUAGAGAGAGACAGAAAGAGACAAAAGACUUGGGAAAGUGUUAGUUACAAGUUUAUAUUAUAUCAUCAAGCUAUUUAUGUACUCGAUGGUCAAAGCUAUUCAAAAACCACGAAAGACUUUAUUAGGGCAAUUAAAUCUUACAAAAUUAUUGGGAACAAGGACCUUGGGCAAAAAAUCUCAAUGAAAUAUGUGGCAUACUAUUGUCCGGUUGAUGUCAAUACUAGUGUACACAAAUGUCGAACAAUUGGUGACCCGAAAAAUAACAAUCAUCUUUGUACGUCCAAGAGCUUUCCAUAA